GAGGUAAGCAUUUAUUCAUAAAUAUUUUCGGUUUGUGUUGGAGAAGUACCAAAAAUGGGGGGACUCAUUUUUUGGUCCUCCCUAGGGAUAUUGCUUCUGGCCACGAGCCACACAGAGGCUUGCUGUAGUGAGAAGGGGUUGUGUCUGCUUGAGACACUAAAAGAUUUGACAGAAUGCAAGAAGGCAGCUUUGGCGUCGUUAUUUAUUUUUAUAUUGCAUUCUAACUAUAAUCACAUUUCAGAUGACUGUCUUGAUGCGCCGCCGACCAUUCUGUUGAUGCCGGCCAACGCGCCGCCACCACCACCACUCUCAUCGCUUCUCUAUGCUUCGGCCCCACCGCCGUGUUUACCUCCACCCCUUGUAUUGCCUCCGCCGCCCCCGCCGUCAAUUGUUUUACCCGCGCCGCCCCCUUGUGCGGCUCUGCCACCACCUUUAUACUUGCCGGCGCCGGCUCCUCCACCCCUUCUAUUACCUCCCCCACCUCCAUGUGCGCCUCCGCCAUUAGUCCUCCCGGCGCCGUCCCUUCCACCUCUAAUGCUGCCACCGCCGCCUCCGUGCUUACUCCCACCGCCGCCUCCGUGCUUACUCCCGCCGCCGCCUCCGUGCUUACUCCCGCCGCCUCCGUGCUUACUCCCACCGCCGGUAGCACCUCCGCCGCAAGUUGUCUACGCGGCGCCCCCGCCCCCGCCUCCGCCGCAGCCGUUGUUGUUGCAGGCUCCGCCACCUCGGCCUCCACAACUCUUGAUGGCUCCACCACCGCCGCCUCCACCGCAGAUAGUGUACCAGAAGCCUGCUGCGCCACCAGCUCCUUUACUGCUGCAGGCGCCGCCUCCUCAGUACGCGCUGCCGCCUCCUCAGUACGCGCUGCCGCCUCCUCAGUACGCGCUGCCGCCUCCUGCCUGUCCGCCGCCGCUCUUCCUCCCUGCGCCCGCGCCACCGCCGAUGUACCUGUCGGCUCCUCCGCCGCCGCCGGCGUGUCGUGCAAGAUAA